CGGAAAAGUACCAAAUUUUUAAUAUUAAUUUAGAUGGAGGCUGAACCGAAAAAACCGAGGUUAAUUUUUUUUUAAUUCUUACAUAGACAGUAUUUUUUAGUGGAAUUCCGCCUUUCACCUUUUUUAAUGUUAAAAUUAUGAAAUUUUAAUAAAAAAAUUUUUUAGUCCGAUAAUUAAUAAUAACAGACUUACAAUUAGAUAUAAUUUAAUAAUAACUAAUUAAUUUAAUAAUUAAAUGACAUUAACAACAACAACUACUAGUCCAGAAAGUAAUAAUGAUGAAGACAAAUCUUCAGCAAUUGCACAAAUUAUAUCGGGUCGCCUUUACUUCACGUCUUACGGCCUCAAUUUUAAUGUUCCAGAUGAUGAUGAAAAAACAAUAUAUUUAGAUAUUGAAGAACAUCUUCAUUAUGAUGCCUUUUAUGAUGAUUUUGGUCCAGUUAAUUUGUCAGUGCUUUAUCGUUUUUGUGAAUUUUUGGAUUCUUUACUUGAAAAAAAUGAAAAUAAACGGGUAUUUCUCUUUACAAGUAUGGAUCAAGCAAACCGAGUGAAUGCUGCCUAUUUAAUUGCCGCUUAUUUGGUUAUUUUCAAAAACUGUAGUGCAGAACAGGCAUAUCUUCGAUUACAAGCUGCUGAACCUCCUCGAUAUAAUGGAUUUCGUGAUGCUUCAGUUGGAUUUCCUUUAUAUUUACUUCAUGUACAGCAUGUCAUUCAAUCAGUCGAAAAAGCAUUAAAAUUUAGAUGGCUAAAUUUUGAAAAUUUUGAUCCAGACGAAUACGAAUUUUACGAAAAAGUAGAGAAUGGCGAUUUAAAUUGGAUAAUUCCUCAAAAAGUUUUGAGUUUUUGUGGUCCCCAUGACAAAACAUAUACAACAGAUAAUGGUUACCCAUAUCAUUCACCUGAAGUUUAUUUUGAUUAUUUUAAUAAAAAUGGAGUAACAACAAUUAUUAGAUUAAAUAGAAAAAUAUAUGAAGCAUCUAGAUUUACAAAAGCGGGUUUUGAUCAUCACGAUCUUUUCUUUAUUGAUGGAACUACUCCGAGUGAUGAUAUUGUUUUGAAGUUUAUUGAAGUUGUGGAUAAUGCUAAAGGGGCGGUUGCCGCGGGACUUGGCCGGACAGGCACUUUAAUUGCCUGUUGGAUGAUGAAGAAUUUUAGAUUAACAGCUCCACAAUGCAUGGGUUGGUUACGAAUUUGUAGGCCCGGUUCAGUAAUUGGACCUCAACAACAAUUUUUAAUUGAAAAACAAUCCUGGUGUUGGCAAUUGGGACGUGAAAAUAAAAAACAAAUUUCUUUAGAAAAAGAGGAUAAUGAUGAAACAUUUUCCUCCAAAAAUAAAGAAGAAAUAAUUAAAAAUGAAAAAGAAUUUAUUAAUAAUAAACAAUUGUGGAAUGAAAGAAAAACUUUUGAAGAAGAGGAUGACGAAAAAGGUAAAAGCCAAGGUGAUCGUUUAUGUGAAAUUAAAGCAGCAAGACAACAUCGUCAAUCGUCUAAACAAAAUUUUGGAAGGAGUAAUAGUAGAUUAAGAUCAAGUGAAGAAUCUGUGGGUGAAAGAGAUGAAAUAAUUUUAACUAAUCGUUCACCUGAAAGUUUUGAGGUUAAUACCAUUUUGGAAUAUAAAAAAGAAGAAUUGUCAUUUCCCCCUCCUCAAACAUCACUAACAACAACGCCGAUAAAACAAUUAAAAUUGAGUACAACAAAUCCGUCAAAAAUUGAAAAUAAAAUAAAAAUUGAAGAAAAUAUUUUAAAAAAGGAAAAUGAAAAGAAAUAUUUUUCUAGAAAAGUUCUAAAAAAUCAAAAAAUUUGUGGAGGAAUUGGAAAAAAUUUGAAUACAAAAAUACCUAUUAAAAAAGUCUCAGUUUCAACAAAUUUUGAUAAUUAUACAAUUGGAGGUGUUAGAUCUAGUAAUUCUGCAAUUCCAAGAAGAAUACAUUUUAGUAAUUCUCGUUUUGUGAAGACAUAUUUACCUGUUGGAUUAGAAGGCACAACCGCUACAUCCUCGUCGACAGCAGCCUCUUCCUUUGAUCGGGCAUUAACUAGACAAUAUGCAAAAAUAAAUGCAAAUACAAAACAAGCUACUACAAAAAUAUUAGAUGAUUCUUCCUCUUCAAAAUUUCGGUCGCCAAUUGACGGUCCUUUAUCACACCAAACAAAUUGUAAAUAUGAAUUACGUCCUCGUAGUCAACUAAAUAUUCCUUCAAGAUUUUUAACUAAUAAUAAUUUAAAUAAUUCACAAAAACAAAGUUCUCGCCGUUCUGUUUUAACCAGCAAAGUUGAAACAAUUCGACCAACAACAACAACUAAUCAAAACACUUCAGUUCCAUCAACCUCUGUUGCAGCAUUUGUCUCUCGCCUUUAA